AUGGGUUCCUCAGACAGGCGAGCCGUCAAGGUUACAGACGACGAUGAUGCAGAAGACGUCCCCCUCCACCACCUUCGCCCCUUCGGCACCGGGUUAUACAAACAACAGAUAAAAUUCGUCCCCGCCUCCGAUGGCGACCUAGACUCGACCAGUUUGACAACGACCAAGUCCAGCAAGCCAAAACUUGACGUAGCUGGUCUUUACCUGAAUAUGGUUCUCGCCAAUAAGGACAAAAACAAAGACAACGAGAAACAAAAUGAAAAUCAAUCAACACAGCCACCAAUAGUAAUACCACAACAGGAAAUCUGCCAGAUCUGUAGCCUCCCCUACGCACCAAAUCCAGAAUCCAAAGCUAUCCACGAACAGUCCUUUGCGCAUCAAUCCCGCCUCCCACACUCCCACCCUCCCUCAGCCCUCGACCGUUCACGGAUGGGGCUCAAACACCUGACAAGCCACGGCUGGGACCCAGACUCCCGCCAAGGUCUCGGGUCCGCGGCACAGGGAAUCCAGUUCCCCAUAAAGGGCAAGAAGAAAGAUGAUCACUUGGGGCUUGGGGUAGAGGUGCCUAAGAAUGGGCAGCUACUUGUGCCAAAGAAGAAGGAAAAGUUGUUGGAUGCGAAAAAGGUUCGGAAGAUGGCCGAGGUGGAGAAGAAGAAAGCGGAAAGGAUACGAAAGGAGUUGUGGGGGAGAGGACCUGAUCUGGAGAGGUAUUUGGGGAAGGGGGGCUAA